AUGGACUAUUCGAACCUUUUCUUCUCCGGAUUCGUGGCAGUCUCGACAAAGAGUUCGAGGAAGAAUGGGCACAGACGGGCGUCCUUAGCGGUGAUCACUCCUCCACGAAAAUGGACACGGCCAUCUAUGUCUCCCAUCAACGAAAGGUCUCCAUCGCUUCCACCAAUUCCUGCGCCAGACGACGCGCACUCCUCCCCCUCGAGCAAUACUCGGCGCCCUUCGUUCACGGGUCGACCACACGCGGGACCUUCCAGGCCACUCACCAUAGCUGCAAGACAGGGUACAGAGCCCCCCACCGAUCCCUGGGACGAGCCGAGGGCUCGCAGGCGGGCGCGCUCCCUGAGUGUAUGCUUUCCACGUGAUGUUGAUGACGCCGCUGAAACGUUACUGGGGGCAUCACCAGAACAAAUAUCUCCUCUGUCCCCUCCAACCUUCCGCCGCAAUCUCAUCGACACUUGUUCUCCUGGCCCAGAGCUCGCGUCCGAUGCGACAGCCAUAGCACCCCCCGUAGCCGACAGCCCCGUAUUCUCAGCCCACCGCACUGUGACAUCUGUUCAAACACCGCCUCACGCUACACAUCUCCCGGGUAGCGAACGUAGCCAAUCGUCAGGACACAAGACAGGUGGCUGUUCUGACAGUAGCCUUAUAGCGGCGUCACCGCUGAUGGAGAGAGGUGGGGGAUGGAAGGACGACCUUGCCACUGAUUGGCGCCAAGUAAUUGAUGACCUCUUGUGGGACGACUUGUAG